UGGUAAACUCAGUAACUCUCGUAACGCGAAAGGUCUUUACAAUGGUGAAGGCACGUAAAUAUGUCGUCAAGAAAAUCUUCGAAGGUUUACCCAAACUUGAAGACUUCGAAAUUGUCGAAUACGAGUUACCAGUUUUAAAAAAUGGAGAGAUUCUGGUUAAAGUUGAGUGGGUGAGUGUCGACCCAUACAUGCGUGCCUACAAUAUACGAUACCCGGUGCCAUACGACCAGUUCGGCUAUCAAGUCGGUGUAGUGGAAGAAUCGAAGGAUCCUAGAUACCCCGUUGGCACUAGAGUCGUCUCUCACAAAGGUUGGUGUGACUACGUUAUCAUCGAUACAAGUGACCCCGAUCCAGUGGCUGGAGAACUGUACAAAUUACCUGAUUUGAAAGGUUACUCGGAUUCUUUCGGAAUUGGUGCAGUGGGUAUGCCUGGUGCUACCGCAUAUUUUGGAUUUCUAGAACUUUGUCAGCCUAAAGCUGGUGAGACAGUCGUUGUAACCGGCGCUGCUGGAGCGGUCGGCUCGCUGGUCGGACAGAUUGCUAAGAUCAAGGGCUGCAAGGUCAUCGGCUUCGCUGGCUCUGACGAUAAGGUGAAGUGGCUGGAAGAGAUCGGCUUCGACAAGGCGAUCAACUACAAGAAUGCUGACGCUGCGGCUGCCCUGAAGGAAGCUGCUCCCAAUGGCAUUGACUGCUUCUUCGAUAAUGUUGGCGGUGAACUCAGCAGUGAUAUAAUGUAUCAGAUGAACGAAUUCGGCCGAGUAGCAAUUUGUGGCUGCAUUAGUGCUUAUAAUAUAGAUCGCAGUAAAUUGCCCAAAGCUACUAUUGUACAAUUAGCUAUAUUGGGUAAACAACUGAAAGUGGAAGGUUUCCAUUUGUGGCGAUGGAAGAGUAAAAUACCAGAAGCAUAUGAACAGAUGAUCAAGUGGAUCAAAAGUGGAGAGCUGAAGCCGCUUGAGCAGAUUAGUAAAGGUUUCGAAAACGUCUUUGACGCUUUUGUAGGAAUGUUGAAUGGUGAAAAUUUUGGAAAAGCUGUUGUUAAAUUAUAAGAUUUAAAAAUGUUAUUAUAGUAGUAGAUGCUGAUUGUUUCGUCUCUCUGAAUGCCAUGAGGCAGAGUGUAUAUAUCCGAAUUUAAUUACAUUUCAAUACACCCAACUGCAUACGUAUUUUGUAUUACAAUGUUACCCUUUAUUUUUAAGGGGAUCAUUAUCAUUAUGGGUGCACCAAUAUGUGUCCAAAACCUUGCGCAUGACUAGUUAAAUAUAAGAGCAUAACCAGUGAAUACUCUUUUCAAAGCGCCUGAUGUAUUUACUAGAGCAAAGUUUCCACCUGGUAUAAUUAAGGCGUUCAUCAGGUUGUUUAAAAUAAGCACUUUUUAUAUCAAGGUUUUUAGACACUUUUUAGGUUGUGUAUCUCUUACUAGGAAAAGUGUCAAAAAUGUUAGUAAAUAUAUUUAUUUGCAGUAUUUA